AUGCUCUCCGCAAUUCGUGUAUCUGCCGCGCGCUCUUUUACUGCUCGUUCCUUUUCUUCGUCCAGUCGCGCAAGUGACCUCUCCAAAUUGACGCUGAUUGGUAACCUUGCGAGAGACCCAGAGGCCCGUCUGACCAAAAACGACAAAGAAUACAUAACAUAUACGGUCGCUGUUAGGAAUUCAGGCCCACCUCCUGGUCCAGACGGAGAGCGUACCCGUGGCUCCACCACUUACCACAGGGUUCUUUCCUUCAACGAUGGCUCUAACAAAUAUCUUCGUACUUUGAAAAAGGGUAGUCGAAUCUAUUGCGAAACAACCUUCGAAUUGAAAGAGCCAGCUCCUGAUGCCGACCCAUCCACUCCACAAGGACAACGUCAAAUCUUCCUUCGACAUGAGUCCCUCAAAGUAAUCUCUACUCCCAAGCCCCAGGAACAUAGCGAGGAGUCGACUGAAGACCGGUCCUUUGUCUAA